GGCAAAAGCGUCAAAAAUCAACGAAUCUGUCUCUCAUCUCAAAUCGUCGUUCUCAAUCUGUCUCCGGCGUUCGCUUACUUCAGACCACGCUCGCGGAAUUUUUCUGAGUCUAGCCGAUCUAUAAUCAAAUGGCAUCUUGAUUAGGGGUUUUGUAAGGUUGCGCCUGUACCGAGAAGCCAUCGGAUCAUAUGAAGUGGUUACCUGGUUGUCUGGGGGGUGAUUCAAAUGUACAGUCGCUAUUGCAUUUUCUUGGAUUUUCCUGUCGAAUUAUCAAGUUGAACACUUUCAAAACGAAUUCUUUUAAUCAAACUUUUGUGAUUGCUUUGCUUUGGAGUUCUGUAAACUGUUUGGAGGGCUACCAUGGCUGAAGGAGAUGAUUGCGUUGAGCUGAAGUUUAGAAUCUUUGAUGGGACAGAUAUAGGUCAUGGAACCUACUUUUCGUCCACUACAACCGAUAUUCUUAAGCAAAGGCUUCUAGCUGAGUGGCCUCAAGAUAAAUCUGUUAUUCCAAAGUCGGUAAAUGAUAUGAAACUUAUACAUGCUGGAAAAGUUUUGGACAAAGGCAAGACACUUGCUGAGUCCAGAAUACAUGGUGGUGAUUUUCCACAAGGAAUCAUCACCAUGCAUGUUGUUGUACAGCCUCCUCCUGCAAAAAAGAAGACAGAUAGGAACCAGGAGAAAAAAAAGCAGAACCUAUGUUCAUGCAGCAUCCUUUAGAACCAAAAUCAUGCUGUACAAUACCAUUUCUUUCUGAUUGUACCUUUCUGUAUGAUGUUAAACAUUUGAGACAGCCCGUCUUCGAAAAAAAGAAUAAAAAAAUCUGAUUGGUAUCUAUAGUUUAGAAGGUCGAAUUCUUCUAAUUGCUUCUGUUUUCGUCGGGAUUGUGAUCGUUUUCUGACAUUGGGAAUUGAGAUGUACACGGUUGAUCCGUUAGGCACUGUCUAUUAUAUACGUGUUAGACAUUAUUGCUUACUUUACCAAGUUGCCUAGCUGAUCAAAACUUGACCAAUGAAUAAUGUAGUUGCUUGAAGAUGUUUUUUUGUGUUUGGAAAUUGGUAGAAUAUAGAUCUCUAUUUAUUGGGUA